CACAUGCAAACUGAGAAGUUAUGAAUUAAUAAAGUGUUUUUAAGUAAUAAGUAAUUCAAAAUGAGUAAAUACGGGAGGCAGUAUCUAAUAUGCUUCUUCGCGUACAUAGGUCAGAUCAUUUUUGGAUACGCCGGAGGCUGGCCAGCUCCGAUAUUCUCGAAGUUGCAUGACCCUGGACAGUUCCCCGUGCCUCCCAGUGAUAUGGAGUACAACUGGGUGAUAUCUUCCUUAUAUGUUGGAGCCGUUGUGGGUGCAUUAGCCCUAAGCCGUCUGUCCAAUGUGAUAGGCCGAAAGUCAUUUCUGAUCAUCGGAGACGUGGGGAUCAUACUAUCAUACGUGGGGCUGAUCCUCAUCAAACAUAUUCUGGCUUUGUGGAUCCUCAGAUUUAUAAUGGGAAUGAGCAUUGCCUUCAUAUAUUGUGUCAACUUGGUUUACAUAGGGGAAAUUGCCUCCACCGAAAUCAGAGGAAAGCUCCUAGGAAGCUUCAUGAUAUACUUCUCUUUCGGUUUCUUGCUCGUUUACAUCGUAGGCGGGUAUGCUUCGUACGACUUCGUCAAUUACUUCGCGUUGGCCAUGAGUGUGAUGUACCUUGGGGGGCUAUACUUUGCCCCAGAAUCUCCUAUUUACCAUCUGUUAAAAGGUCGAAAUGAAGAAGCUCGAGCAACUUUAAUAGCACUAAAUAGAAAAGAAGAUGCUGAAAAUUUGACAGAAUUGAAAUUGCAAAUAGAAAACAACAAAGGCACGUUAGAAUGGAAGACCUUGUUCAUGGUUAAAUGCAACAGAAAGGCUUUGAUCAUAACCGGCCUGCUGUAUGGCUUCCAACAAUUGUCUGGGGUGCCUAUACUUCGGAAUUACGCUACAACGAUUUUUGAUAUUGCAGAGUCAUCUGUAGCCCCACACGUAGCAAUGAUCAUAAUCGGAUCAGUCCAGUUUAUUUCUGCAUUCAUCACGAUCAUGGCUGUCGAGAACUGUGGAAGAAGAAUACUUCUUCUGAUGUCUACUAGCUGUUGUUGUUUGAGUAUGUUGGUUCUUGCCCUCUAUUUCUACUUGUACGAUAAUGGCGUUGAAUUUGUAUCCAAUAUAAAAUGGGUGCCACUAGUAGCCUCUGUUACAUUCCUGGCGGCUUUUACUCCUGGCUUCGGAGUCAUCCCCGGCACGCUGGUCGGCGAGAUGUUCGAGGUAGACGUCCGAAACAAAGGCACUGCCAUCGUCCUAGCAUUCUCCUGGUUCAUGAGCAUAUUCACCAUCACAUCUUUUGGCGUUAUCAUCACUAAUAUGGGAAUGUACGUCGCCUUUGCUACGUUUUCUGUGGUUGCGGCGUGUGCUUUUCUAUGCACGUUGUUUUUGGUACCAGAAACUAAAGGGAAGACCUUGAUUGAGGUGCAGAAGAUGUUGAGUAAUUCAUCAUCAUCAUCAUCAUCAUCAUCUCAGCCAUAAAAUGUCCACUGCUGAGUAAUCAACAUUGGCGAAAUCGUGGUUAUCAAUACCAGGUUAUUGCCAGCAACAGAAGAAGAAAAUCUUGAAAUGUAUUUGACAAUUCAUAAUUAAGGCACUGGACUGGAUUUAAAGUAUUAUUGGCAGUCUUUAAGCGCGCUUUCACAUUAGGGCGUUAGACUGCACGACUGCGGCGCGUUUUUAUAAUGUGAAUGCAUGUUUUCGGCAGCGCGUUUGUCGCGCUGCUAAAUCGCCUAACUAAAUAUGUAAGUGCUCUAAGACCCAUCACUGCUGCCAUAACCACUGAGCUAUUGAGAGCUCAGUUACAAAAAAUAUUUGUACUGCUUAAUAUUUAACUAUUGAAAUAAUAAUCUCCUUUUGUAUUGUUUAAUUAGAUUUUUUUUAAUA